GUUUUCUUCCCCCCCAACUAUAAAUAAAAAGCUUAAAAACCGUCAUUGAACGUCUGCCCUCCAUCGUUGGCAUUGAUUGUUCGCCGCGUUCAGAGUGAGCUUGAAAAAAAAAAGAUGAAGUUUCGGGGAACUCUGUUUUUCUGCAUUUUACUUCUGUUUCAAGAAAUUUGUCUCCUGGUGAGGGCAGAUGAUGGGUUUGUUUCUGCCAAAGGGGUGAAGCUCAUGUUGAACGGGAAUCCAUUUUACGCAAAUGGGUUCAAUGCUUACUGGCUCAUGUACAUGGCUGCUGACCCAUCUCAGAGAAGCAAGGUCUCGUCUGCAUUUCAGGAAGCUCGACAGCAUGGCCUCGCAAUCGGCAGAGCUUGGGCUUUCAGUGACGGUGGAGACAGACCCCUUCAGUACUCACCUGGUUCCUACAACGAGCAAAUGUUCCAGGGGCUGGAUUUUGUGAUAUCUGAGGCUAAGAAAUAUGGGAUUAAGCUGAUUCUGAGUUUUGUGAACAAUUAUGACCAAUUUGGAGGGAGGAAACAGUACGUGAACUGGGCAAGAAAUCAGGGGCAAUCUAUAAGCUCUGAUGACGAUUUCUUCACAAACUCACUGGUGAAACAAUACUACAAGAACCAUAUCAAGACUGUUCUUACAAGACGCAACAGCCUCACCGGAGUUGCUUACAAAGAUGACCCAACGAUAAUGGCUUGGGAGCUUAUGAAUGAACCCAGGUGCCAGUCAGAUCCAUCGGGAAGAACAAUUCAGGCUUGGAUUACAGAGAUGGCUUCUCAUGUGAAGUCCAUUGAUAGCAAUCAUUUACUAGAAGCUGGCUUGGAAGGGUUUUAUGGGCAAUCAUCUCAGAAACAGGAAGACAACCCCAAUUUUCAAGUGGGAACAGAUUUCAUUGCAAACAACCAGAUUCCUGGCAUUGAUUUUGCGACUGUUCAUUCCUAUCCUGAUCAAUGGUUAGAAGGCUCAACUGAUGAAAAACAAAUUGCAUUUUUGAACCACUGGCUGGACAACCACAUUCAAGAUGCUCAGAACAUCCUUCACAAGCCGGUUCUCUUCGCCGAGUUUGGAAAAUCUUUGAGAACUUCUAGUUCUAAAGAGAGAGACGAGCUCUUCAAUACUGUUUACUCAGCAGUUUACUCGUCAGCAAGGGGCGGUGGUGCAGCCGUUGGAGGCUUGUUCUGGCAGCUUUUCGCUGAAGGAAUGGACUCCUUCAGGGAUGGGUACGAGGUGAUCUUAAGUGAGAACACCUCAACUGUCAACCUCAUCACUGAAGAGUCUCAGAAGCUUAACCACAUCAGAAACAUGUAUCUGAGGCUGGCCAGGGCACAGAGGCAGGCUGCGAAUGGUGGCAGUAAUACAGGAAACUAAAAAUUAAGAAACUAGUAGUGGCAUAAUAGUAUUAAGGAAACUGUUUUCAGAUUUCCGAUUACAAUUAAAUCUUAUAACCUGAUGUGUGAGGAACUGUGACAUCCACAUAUACCACUAUAAUAAUGUAGUUUUUGCACGUCUAUGUUCUUUUCUGCUGUAACAUUGUUGGUACUGCCAAAUGAAGUGCAUAGAAUACU